CUCACGGGACCGGCCCCGGGCGCAGGGGCCGAUCGCUCCCGGGCAGGGCCGGGCGGCGGCGCGCCUGGAUGCCCGCCCGCCCCGAGGGGAAACGGGCGGGGAAAAAGUUUCUCCCGUGCUCGCCCCGUCCCUCCUUCCCUCCCCGCGCACACACGCUCGCUCACACACACACACACACACUCACACACCCCUCUGCCUUCGCAGGCGGCGGAGGGCCACUUUGGAACAUUAUUUUCUUUCCACGCCCCGCUCCGGUGCGGAGCUCCUUCCUGCAGGAGGGCGGGCGGGAGGCAGCCCCGCCGCCAGACGGUCCCAGCCCGCACCCUCCAUUUUGAAGGAGCGAGGCAAAGCCACUGCCAGGCGGCAGGCUGUUGGUCUGGCAAGUUUUAGCAGGGGUUACAGCUGCUGCUAGAAGAACCAGGAACAAUUUGGAACCUGAAACGAGCCCUUGAGAAACAGCUAAUUAUUUGUCUCAGACUAAGGCCUCCACAGAUCAAGGAUGUUGAUUCUGCUGGCUUUCAUUAUUGUGUUUCACAUAACCUCAGCAGCACUGCUGUUCAUCUCAACUAUUGACAAUGCCUGGUGGGUAGGAGAAAAUUUUUCUACAGAUGUCUGGAGGAUGUGUCUCACAAACACUAACAUCUGUAUUGCUAUUACUGAUCAAUUCACAGAGUAUCCAUCAAUUCAGGCUGUUCAGGCCACAAUGAUCCUAUCUACUAUUUUCUGUUGUGUGUCAUUUCUGGUUUUCAUCCUUCAACUCUUCCGUCUAAAGCAAGGAGAAAGAUUUGUGUUAACCUCUAUUAUCCAGCUCCUGUCAUGUCUGUGUGUUAUGAUUGCAGCUUCCAUUUACACAGACAGGCAUGAAGAGCUACACAAGAGCAAUCAAUAUAGCAUUGAAGUUUCUGGAGGCCAGUAUGGCUACUCCUUCGUCUUAGCCUGGAUUGCAUUUGCUUUUACUCUGAUCAGUGGUGUUAUGUACCUAGUAUUAAGGAAGCGUAAAUAAAUGUCAGCAGCUAGUUACUUCUGUCACUGCAGUACAAAACCAAAUUCCAGUAACCAUUUUGUAUAUAAUCAUUUACCUGGUUUUGUAGUAAAGGUGUUGUUUCUCUAAAAAUGUACUGUGUUCUUGAUAUGAAACAGAAUUUUUUAAAAUGGCAGGUUUAAUGGAAUGCCUGGCACCUACAGGUCAGGGGGCUGAGCAGCAAAGAGCCAAGUUGUUUCUUUUACAUAUUCCAUGAUCAUAAAUGGUUUUCCCUUUACUAGACAUUAACAGUUUGUUCCUGGCCCAUGCAAACUGAUUUGUAAGCAAUGUGCUAACUGUAUUCCUGGACCAGAUGUAUUCCUCUGGGAUGGGAUAAAUAUAGGGGGAGUAAAAAGUGAGGCCCAGCUCACAGUGAAAAAGAGAACAAUUGUAAAAGCCAAAAGCUGCACUCGGCGUGUCUGUUCUGGCAGAAGACCCGUGUUCUGCUGGUUAUAAUGUGCAGUUAAGUGUCAUCAAGUUUUUAUUAAAACCACUUGCUUUGCAAAAGUAAACAACUCUUUUUUUGUACUCCAGCAAAUGAUUUGCCUCAUUCUCUUUCACAUUUGACUUAAGGAUUCUGAGCCUUUGGUGGGAAAAUUUACCAGCAGAUUCACUGCCCAACUCGGGAGCGGUGCAUCCUGAGUAGGAAGACGUGCCCCAGCCAAGUCCCAUAGCCCCUGUGUCUGUGUUGUGCAUGGCCUUCCUGGAAGGAAGAAAAGGGAAAAAGAAAGCAUUACCUUGCCUACAUCUGCAAAUUUCUGAGCAAAUUAGACAUCAGGUAAUGCCCAAUUUAGAUUUUCACAGCCAAACACAACAUGUUUAUUACCUUGGUCCUGUAUUUUGUGGUGAUAGCGUGACUAACAUAAUUUACAGAAUAACUCCUUGAGUCUGCCCAGUAGGAAAUUUGCCUUUAAAAAAUUAAUUCUAAAUUCCUUUGUGAAUUUUACUUGAACUAAACACUCCUACUAAAUAAAUCAGAGUGCAAUUACUAUGCUUCUGAAUUCCAGGAUAGUUUUUAAAGAUAAAAUUACUUAAGAGAUUUUUAGUUUUCAAUACUUAUUUUGAGAUAGAUCUGUACUGUAAUACCAGGCUUAACUGCUCAGCAGUGCAAUCCUGGCUUUGGCUGAUGGUGAUUUUUGGAGUUCAGAGAUUGUGUCGAGGAUGAAUGAAGUGGCUUUUCCUGGUUAGUCACAGCUUUAAUGCUUAAAUACAGAUUUGACUUUGUAAAAGCACUAACCAUGUGUUUAUUUACAUAUAAUCACUACAACUGGCCCAAGACACAAGCAAUAAAAAAAGUAAUUAAUUUUUUAAUGAGGUUUUUCCACUUAAUGUAAAACAAAUCUGUUAUUACAAAGUAGUGUAGCUCUACUAAAGCAAAUACUUACCAUGUUGCAAAUCAGCUGAUGGUCUGACCCAUUUUUUCAGGGGCAUAACUGUAUAGGAUAUGUCUCCAACAUAAGAAAUAGGUCGUGUAGUUCCAGGCACAUUCCUUGAAUAUGCUAAAAUGCUUUGGCAUGUACUACUUGUUUUUUGGGAGCAAAGAAAGCCCAACAAAUUAAUAAGAAAUUAGAUUAGUAGCCAGGACAACACAUGGAAACUAAUAAUACAGUAAAAAACCCAAAUCAAUUAAAGCAAAAUGCAUUCUCGCCAUUCUAGCCAUGCAAGUAUUUUGUCAGGUUUUUUAUUUUAGUGGGAAUGCUCUCAAUGUCAAGGAUUAUUACCCUACUUUUUAAAAAAGUGUUUCUACUGUUUGCUGAAUACAUUUUGGAUUCAAAACCUGACUUUUUGCUAGCCAGCGGAGUUUGUCUUAAGAUAAGCAGAUGCACGUUUAAGGUUGAGAGGAGUUAGACUAUUGGCUAGCCAUUUUGCUAGUUUUAUUGCAACAGGAAAUAGUAAGGGAAAUUCUUAAGCAAAUAUAUUUUAAAACUACCUUAUAUCUAGAAGACAGUCCUGUAAAAUUUUAAGUUAAGCUCUUGUGCCACAGUCUUGAAGAGAGGCUUCUUCAGUUUCUUGCAUUGGUAAUGCUCAUCUCAUUUAUUGAGCAAAUAUUUAAAAUAAAGAUGUACAUGAACACACAGCUUAAUUCCACAGUAAUUUAAUUAAUUCCAUGUCUCUUUAGCUAAAAGUAAAAAGCACACCAUGAUGUACAAAACAGCAGCAUAUGCACAAUGCCACAUAAAACACAGCAGAUGGGAAUUUCUACAUACGAAGAAAACAAAUGCCAAAACAGUCUGAACUAGAGUUUUAACAGGACAAAUGUGUUUUAAGAUAUUCUUUCUACCUGAUAUGCCUUUAUAAUAUAACAUUUUCUAUGCUCUAUAUAUUCUGAAGCUGUACAUGAAAAUAAAGUUAAAUUCUUUUUCUGUAAUAGCAAGCUCAAUACAUAUAGCAAUUGGACCUUGUCUUUAAGCUUGGGAUAUAUUUACAUAACGUUGGAUGAGAAAUAGUCGAGUAUUUGUGUGAACAGGUAAAAUUAAAUUCUUCCUGCCUGUACUGGAACCACAA